CACGCGGAAAAGAAGCUGCGGGGAAACCGAACCGACGUCGGAACAAGGCGGUGAAGCGCUGUUGCUGCUCGGCAGCGUGAAGGCGUACCGCGUUGCGCAGAGCCGCCGACGAGCGGCUCCUCCUGUGGUUUCGGUUGUCGGAGGAGGAGGUCGCGCAAACUGUGUUUGAGGGAGUGUAAAUGAUUUGAUCGUCGCCCUGGAUCCACCUGAUCGGCGCAGUAGACGACGGGAGGCAGCAUGAAGUUUGCCGUCGCGGUGUUGUGUUGUCUUGCUCUCGGGGAGGCUGCCGGGGAAGCGCAGGAGGACUCUGUGUCGCUGGCCGAGAUGGAGGAUUCCUUGUUGAGGAACCUCUUCAGAGGUUACCAGAAGUGGGUGCGGCCUGUCCUACACUCUAAUGAUACCAUCACUGUAUGCUUUGGACUGAAGAUCUCACAGCUGGUUGAUGUGGAUGAAAAAAACCAACUGAUGACUACAAAUGUUUGGCUCUGGCAGGAGUGGGUUGACUUGAAGCUGAAGUGGAACCCGGAUGACUAUGGCGGUAUUACCUCCAUCAGAGUGCCUUCAGAGACUAUUUGGCUGCCUGAUAUCGUCCUGUAUGAAAAUGCGGACGGGCGCUUUGAGGGAUCCCUGAUGACCAAAGCCAUUGUGCGUUGGGACGGUACCAUAACAUGGACUCCACCCGCCAGCUACAAGUCCGCCUGCACCAUGGACGUGACCUUCUUCCCCUUCGACCGGCAGAACUGCUCAAUGAAGUUUGGCUCGUGGACUUACGAUGGGAACAUGGUGGACCUGGUUCUAGUUGAUCACUACGUGGACCGCAAAGACUUCUUUGACAACGGGGAGUGGGAAAUCCUUAACGCAACGGGACAACGGGGAAGCAGGAGGGAUGAGGUGUAUUGGUACCCGUUUGUCACCUACUCUUUCAUCCUGAAGAGAUUGCCGUUGUUCUACACCCUCUUCCUCAUCAUCCCGUGCCUCGGCCUCUCCUUUCUAACUGUGCUGGUGUUUUAUUUGCCAUCCGACGAAGGGGAGAAACUGUCACUUUCCACUUCUGUGCUGGUGUCGCUCACUGUCUUCCUCCUUGUCAUAGAAGAAAUCAUCCCUUCAUCUUCAAAAGUAAUCCCACUGAUCGGAGAAUAUCUGCUCUUCAUCAUGAUCUUCGUCACUUUCUCCAUCAUCGUCACCGUCUUCGUCAUUAACGUCCACCACCGCUCCUCUUCCACUUACCACCCCAUGGCCCCCUGGGUAAAGAGCCUGUUCCUCCAGAGACUGCCCAGGCUGCUGUGUAUGAGGGGGCAUACUGACAGAUACCACUUUGAAGAUAUGGAGAUGCACAGCCCAGAACUGAAAACCCGUAGAGGUGUGGGAAGGAGAGGAGCUCCUGGCCACAGAGGCCCCGCCUCGGGGAAGGAGGAGGAGAACAGAGCCUGGCUGGCCAUGCUGGAGAAAGCCACAAGUUCCGUCCGCUAUAUCAGCCGUCACAUCAAAAAGGAGCAUUUCAUACGAGAGGUUGUUCAAGACUGGAAGUUCGUGGCUCAGGUGUUGGACAGGAUCCUCCUGUGGGCUUUCCUCACAGUGUCGAUCCUGGGAACUGUUCUAAUCUUCACUCCUGCUCUGCAGAUGUACUUCAGCACACCUUGAUGGACAAACAUACACAAACUCUGAAUAAUGGCUCCGUUGUUUUUUCUGUUUGUUUUGUUUGACGGCAUAAAGAAACUCAAUACAACAUUCACUGUAUAUUUAUUUUAGAAUGGUUUGAAAUGUC